UACCAAGCUACUCUGACUUAGACCGGCUACCAUACACCCGGGCCACUAUACACGAGGCACAGAGAGUGUUGGACCUUGUAGCUUUUAUCCUCCGCUCUGCAGCAGAAGACUGCACGUUUGCUGGCUACGACAUCCCUAAAGGGACGGUGAUAGUGGCCAACGCGGAGGACGCCAUGACAGACCCUAAGUUAUGGAAGAACCCACAGGAGUUUGACCCAGAAAACUUUCUCGACACUGACGGCAGAUUUGUAAAUAAUGAAGGCUUCAUUCCCUUUGGAACAGGAAAACGAGUGUGUGUCGGGGAGUCUCUGGCUCGCAUGCAGAUCUUUGUUUUCCUCGCCAGCCUCUUCCAAAACUUCACCUUCUCCCUCACAAGUGAUGAGAUCAUUCCCACCAGCAACAACACCUUCAGCGCCCCAGCCAUUUACAGUGCUGUAGCUCACCUGAGACCACGUCUGUAGGUCUUGAAUCUUCCGUGGCAAAUACUCUUAAGACACGAGAACCCAUAGUUAAUAUAAUAACUUCACAUCCAACCUACUAUUCAGCAAGGAUCUUGUUGUGAAGGCAUUGUUGGUGUCUAAGAAAAUUUACAAUAGAACCUAAAGAGACACCACCACGAAGAAACCUGUUGGUACUACUCAGUAAUGAAAUUCUAGCUAUUUGAACAGCACAGGACUCAAACAUUAACAAUAUUAUAGAGUGCAACCAUUCCACAAAAAUUACUUGAAGCCCAGGUCACUGUUCCUAAUAAACCAACAAUAUUA